GCUGGAGUUGUUUGCUCAAACAUCUUGCAGAGCCCCACGUUCACCUUGACCUCAUCACACUCUGCUGUCUCGCCUGGGGAGGCUGUUCAGUUCAGAUGUACCAAUCUAAACCCAACCUGCAUCUCUGCAAACUUCUCUUUGUACAAAAACGGGGAAUCAAUAAAAACUCAAACAGCUGAAUCUUCAGUCACGUUCAAUUUGACUGUGGAUUCCUCACAUCAGGGCCAGUAUAGCUGUGACUAUUCAUACCAUGGAAACAACAUCAUCACAUCACCUAGGAGCAGCUUGAUUAACAUUACUGUGGUGAACUUGCUGCAGCCUACUAUCUCCUUCAGUGCUCUUGAUGGAUGGUUCCACUGGUGGCUUCAAGGGUCAGAGGUAACCAGGGGCCACAGCUUCUCCGUCAGCUGCUCAACUCAACCACAGUAUCCAGGAGGCUCCUUCUACUUGGAGUUCAGUGGAUCCAGAACUGGAACUCAGCCAGCUGUUAACCACUCAACCACCUUCCUCUUUCCUGAGGCAGAUUUUGUCCACCAGGGAGACUACAGCUGUGUUUAUGAAGUAACCGUGUCUUCACGCAUCUUUAACUCUCCUACCACUGAACUCUUGGAUGUCACUGUGAAAGAGUCACCAAUUCCCUUCAUUGGUUCCGGAGUGGCAGCAGGACUGUUACUCAUAUUAGUGCCAAUCAUCGUUUUCUUUACAAAGAGAUGUAAAAAACAAAAAGGUCAGAUGGCUGUGAAGACGGAUCACAGAGUUUGUGCCAAAAACACAUACGGGACUGCCAGAGGGAAGAAUGAGGUGGAUUACGAAAAUGCCGAAACUAUUUUUCGCCAAAGAGAAGAUUCAGAUAAUUGUGAUGUGGACUAUGUCAAUAUGGAGGGUAAUGUGGGGAAGAUGGCACUGGACAAUGACUUUGCAGGGAACAAGAUGGACGAUGACAAAAAUGAUUACGAAAAUGCAGCAGUCACCGUCCACCAGAGGGAGGAUUCAGAUGACCCUGAUGAGGGCUACAUUGACGUACAAAAAAUGGCCAUGGACAUUCACUUUGAUGAUGAAAAUAUAUUGUGAAAACGUGAAGAAGUAUGGUAAAAAAUAUUUGUUAUCCAGUAUCACUUUAAUUCAAACAUGAAGUGCGACUGAGGCAUUUAUAAAUCAUAAAAAAGGCCUUAAAAGUCACUCAUCACUGGGUACAAUAACAUCAGCUCAGUCUAAAAAGGUGGUUCUCUGCAGCGCUGCGUUUGCAAGGUCCUCAAAAAUUCCAAAUAAACUAGCUUACUUAACUUGUUCCUAAUAAAAGAAUUAUGUAUGAAUGAACGAACAGUAGAAUAUUUGCCAUGCGAUCUGACUGCAGUAGCCCUAUUUUGCCUGUAUUAUUUUUAAAAGAAAGACAAUUCAGUGUUUUCUUUAAAUUAUUUAAAGUAUUCAAAUUUUUCAUGAUUUGCAAUGGACUUAUUACACUUAUUAUAUCUACGAGAAGCGUGUCCAUGGAUCACAACCUCUCGGCAUACUAGCAUUCAUGGUGGAGAGGCACGUGGAGGUAAUCUGUCCAUUACAGCUGCAUGCUACCGUCUCAGUUUAGUUGACUUUCUGUGAUGAACGUUAGCUUUUGAUUCUUUUGCUUUUUUUUAAUCUUUCUUCCUUCAGCAGAGCCACAUAUUAACUGUCUGAUGGUAUGAUGUGUUAACUAUAACAUAUUAAUGACCUAAUCAUUUUUCAUGUUGUGUAAUUAUGUUUCAACUGAAUACAUGCAUGGUUUUGGUGAUGUAGGCUAGAUUUCUCACGUAAAGUUUAAGUAAAAUCUAGAGAAUGGGUAAAGGUGGUCCCUCAGUAAUUCGUUUGGCCCCCAUCAAACAGAUCCUGUCAUAGUGACUGACUGCCAAAAGUUUGUCUGUCAGGUUGGAAUGAAUUCUUUCACGUCAAAAUUUUGUUUUAGGAAUCAUACUUCAACAAGAAUUUUCAUGUAUGACCUUCAUACGAAUAAAUCUGUGCAUACAAAUCUUGUAUAAA